UCAACUCCACUGAAACAGGACAUUUCUCAGUUCAAACAAUGAAGGUCAUUUUUCAUCUCUGUGCCGUCUUCGCUUUGAGCGUUGCAUCAGCAGAUCCAGUGACAGAGAGGAAGACAGAGCCAAUGGAGGAGCCGGUGCCUAUUCAGCAAAACAAGACUGAAGAGGAGAAGCAAGGGGAACUGCGGCAUCGGACAGCAGGAAGGAUGAGAAAAUGGCAGGUGUUUGAAUCUUCCUCACCUCCAUAUGAUUACAACUAUGAGGACCACUGCAGAUAUGGCCAGCAAUGUUUCUUCUUCAUCGACAGCCCAAUGGCCUGGGUAGAUGCUGAGAAAUAUUGUUUGUCCUUCGGUGCCAACCUCGCAUCCAUUCACAACUACGAGGACUAUCAAUGGAUCAGGCAAACUGUAAGAGAGAACAGCAGAGAGGGCGAAGCCUGGAUCGGUGCCCAUGACGCCGUUAGGUGGUGUGAUUGGCUAUGGAGUGACGGUUCACAAUUUGAUUUCAGUAGCUGGGACCCAGUCCUACCAUGCAACUGGUGGUGGUGGUGGUGGAAGAGAUGCGUAAAAAUAAGUUCCUCAGUGUCUCGUGAAGGAUGUGAAGUGAGCCUUCCCUUCGUCUGUGGAAGAAGACGUGACUGGCAGAUGGUUUGAAGCAGUUUGACAUUUUCCAACUGGACUUUUUGGAGCCUCAUCUACUUUUGAAAGCCUCUGUACUGUGAAAAUGCCACAUGAGACAAAAGAAGCAUAUUUAGCAGGUGACCCCCACGCAGCCCAUCAAAGUAUAGAGUCAUUAGUUUCACCGCGCAGAUUGUUGAUCAUACUUUCAUGGACUAA